AUAACUUCGGAAUAGCCACAUUAUUAGAAUUUCAAUAUGCACCGUUGUGCUUAAUCUUUAAUUUUUGGUAUCUGUGAAAGUGAAAGCACCAAUUCACCUUGUGAAUCUGUUAUGGUAAUGCCCACUGAUCUACUUCUUCGUGUAACAUCACGAGAGACAAACACGCGUGACGGCCUCGUAUUGCGAGUGUUUUCAGCCGACCGGAAGCAGUGACUAUGCUGUAGUUGACCGAUUUAGGCCAUUCGUCUGCUGUUGUUAAAAGUUCAAUAUACAUUUGUUUAAUAGAGAUUCGUUCUGUCUUGAAAAAUAUAGGAUAGAAGUGACGUUCUUCUAUCGUAUUAAAGAAUGUUCUUGUCCAUUGGAGGGAAAUAAAUGCUUGAAACGGCCACUACAGUUGAACAUGAAUAUCUUCAAAGGUGCAUACGAGGACUUUUCAUGCGCGAAUGGAAUCUUCAAAGAAUGAAAAUUUGCCGUCACAAUGCGAUCGAACACAACGUAAAUUCCAGUUAGAAAGUACGGCCUUUUAUAUAUCAAAUAAAUGCGGUGGAAAAAAAUCUCCUGCCAUAAAUAAACAGAAUCGUAGGAAAAAUGUCGAACGCGGGAGUGUUUGUAUCGUUGAGAAUAUUUCCUGGGCACAUUGCACCAGGUUUGCAGUCGAUAGAAUUAAAAGUUUCAGAAUACGUCACGACGCGUAAAGUGUUGAAAUUAGUUUUGGUGGAGUUGGAAAUACAGGAACCUCCCGAGAAAUAUGAACUUGUCGAGGUUUGCGUUCACAAUGACCAGUCGGCUCGAGGUACCCCUUCGUUGCCGGACGAGGAAUCUGAGGAGGACGAAGAGAAAAUAGUUGUAAGUGAAACGAGCGAGCGUGUUCUAUCGUUCAGUGACAAUCCAGUAAAGGUGACACAAUCAUGGCGGCGAAUGGGUGCCAUUGGAAAUGCGUUUCGGCUAUUUCUACGGGAACGUCAGGGCGCACGUAAUAUUGUGAAUCGUUUGACCUAUGGUUGGAUGGACUGUCACGAGUCGGUUAGAGGUGGUGGUUUUCAAUUUGAUGUGUACGCGAACGUGGAUGAUGACGACUUGUGCCGAUUGCCCGACUUGAACGAGAACAGCUUACUGGAGAAACUUUUCGAGCGCUUUGAACGUGGUAAAAUAUACACUUAUGUCGGCGAAAUACUAAUAGCGGUUAACCCGUACAAGUUCUUUCCGAUUUAUAAUCCGAAAUACAUCAAUGCCUAUCAGAAUAAACGUCUUGGCGAAAUGCAGCCGCACAUUUUCGCCAUCGCAGACGAGGCCUUUCAGAAUAUGCUCAAGGAAAAACGCAAUCAAUGUGUUGUCAUUUCUGGGGAAAGUGGCAGUGGGAAAACAGAGAGCACGAAGUUACUGCUCCAUCAUUUGACAGCUCUCAGUCAUAAAUCGGGCCUGGAGAAUACAUCAGUUGAAAAAACUAUUUUGGGUGCUGGACCAGUGCUCGAGGCUUUUGGAAAUGCAAAAACGAGCAGCAAUAACAACUCGAGUAGAUUUGGAAAGUUUACUGAAGUGAAGUUUCGAGAGGAUGGUACAGUUUCAGGGGCCAUCUUGCGAAAAUAUCUUCUCGAGAAAUCUCGAAUUGUCACCCAAGCCACGGGUGAAAGGAAUUAUCACGUGUUCUAUUAUCUCCUCGCUGGAGCCAAUGAGGUUGAAGCUCAAGAGUUCCAUCUUAGAAAUCCUGAAGAAUUUUGCUAUUUAAACCAGUCCGGAUGUUUUGAUAUGGAUGGUGUCGACGAGGCGUACGAGUUCCUUCGACUAAAACAGUCAAUGGAUAUGGUUGGAUUCUCCAGUGAUACUCAGCGAAAAAUAUUUCGAGUGCUCUCCGCCGUGUUGUGGAUGGGUAACGUUGAAUUUGUCCGGAAACACGGGUUUGAUGACGCUGUGACGUUGAAAGAUAAAGAUGACGAUGGUGUGGUUAGCAUAAUCUCCAAUUUACUGAUGUUGAAAAAAGAGAAGUUUGUUUCCGUUUUAACGUCAAGAAAGAAGAAAGCUAGAACGGAACAAAUUGUGAUGUCAUAUAAGUUGGAAGAGGCCGUCGAUACAAGAGAUGCCUUAGCCAAGGCUCUUUAUGGCGCCCUCUUCGAUUGGAUUGUACUUCAGGUCAAUCAUACUUUGGCGAUGAAAUACACGGAAAAACAUGAUUUAAAGGGCAAUGCCAUUGGUGUUCUUGAUAUCUUUGGUUUCGAAGUGUUUGAACAGAAUGGUUUUGAACAAUUUUGUAUCAAUUAUGCGAAUGAAAAACUCCAGUUCUAUUUUAAUCAUCAUAUAUUUCGCAUGGAGCAGGAUGAAUAUAAACAAGAAGGAAUCGAUUGGUCGGACGUUUAUUAUGUGGAUAACUCAUCUUGUCUUGAUCUCAUUCAUGGAAAACCCACUGGUCUCUUUCAACUACUGGAUGAAGAAUCCGGUCUGUCGGGAAACGUGGCGAGUGAUACGACGUUAUUGGCCAAAUUUGAAAAUCAUCACGAGUCACAUGACUGUUUUGAAAGGAGUCGGAUGGGGCCGACGUUCACAAUUGUACACUACGCGGGAAAAGUGACGUAUGAGAUAAAGGAUUUUCGUGCCAAGAACAAAGAUCUCAUGCGACCGGAGAUUGUUAGUAUUCUCAAGAACAGUCAAAUGAGAUUUAUCCGGGAACUACUAGGUGCUGAUCCGUUGGCGAUCUACCGAUGGGCAAUUGUUCGCAAUUAUUUCCGCGCAGCAGCGGCAUUUAAGAAAUUUGGCAAGAAACACAAGCAGGAUAAUCGUAAUAGAAGAUCGAGAUUUAUAAGUGAAAGUAAAGAGCCUCCGAGGAUCGUCGAAGAAUCAACUGUAAUUGAUGAACAAUAUAUGGAUGACAGAGCAAAAAUGUUACGAAAAGCAUCCAAGAUGGUUCGAAAACGAAUGAAGAGUAUCAAUACGCCAGAUCAGGUUUUAAACUGCCUUUCAAUGGAUCUUGUCCGUCGUGGCAUGAAGUCUGGGUCUAGCCAAAUUCUGACGUCAUACAAGGAUAUCGAGCGAAUAAGAAAAGGCCUGGAAAAUAAGAAGGAUAUGACUAUAAAGACGUUCGAUUACCUCUACAGAGGCUCCGCAAAGAGGAAAGCAAGUUUGAAAAAUCCGCCCACCGUUACUGCACAAUUUCAGCUCUCCUUAAAUAGACUAAUGGAAAUUCUUGAUGAAUCUAACCCGUUUUUUGUUCGCUGUAUUCGUUCGAACGCUGAAAAAGCGCCGUUGGAGUUCACAAAAGACCUCGUUCUCAGUCAGUUACGUUAUACCGGAAUGCUUGAGACAAUACGCAUCAGGAAGCUCGGAUAUCACAUUCGCUAUGCGUACAGCGACUUUUAUUUGAUAUUUGGACUUCUUUUACCGCGAGAGAUGAAAUGUGAACAAUUGAAGGAUGGUUUGCGCGAAGUUUUCGACAAACUGGAGUUGCAUCCAGAUCACUAUCGUUUAGGAGAAACAAAGGUAUUUUUUCGCGAGUCUGUCCAUGACAAACUGCGUACGAAGAUAGAUGACGAGUUUCUACGUCGUGUAUCUUUGUUGCAAAGUUGGUUUCGCGCUCUUCACCAUCGCAAACAGUUUCUACAAAAACGUGAAGCAGUUAGGAUUAUACAGGUAAGGUAUCGUCAACAUUUGGAAUUACGGGGGAAGGCGGCUAUUAAGAUCCAGGCAGCCUGGAGAAUACACGUUGCACUGAUGGAGCAUCGUAGAAAGAAAAUUGAAGAAGAGAACAGAUCUUUCAGAUUUGGUCGAUCAAAGUCGCCAAGGGUCUCCCCCCGGGGCUAUAGUUCGCUCAAAUUACCGCUGGAUAGCCGUUCUAGAUCCAAAUCUCCCAAGAUGGAGAGGUUGCGGAAAACCUUGUCGCUACAGCUGUCUCGGCAUACAUCGCCGAAAGAUGUUGGAGAGACAAAGAAACACGGCAUUCGCCCGAGGUCUUUGACUCUAUCUCCCAAAAGCCCAAUAACGAAGCAUGCCAGUCUUACCAGCGUACAGGAAUUCGAUAGAGAAUCGUCGGGAAAGCAAUCUUCUGAUCUGGCGAGUGAAAUUUGCCGACAUUUUCCGGAACUUACCGACGAGAUGCGAAGCGUGGGGGACGUCGAAUCUCCGAUUGACGAGUCCAACAGUGCACGUACCUCGCAGUCGUCCGCAAAAAUAUCGGAAGUUUCGACACCUGAAGAUAAACUGGAGACUGAAGUAGAGACUUUGCUCAUUAAUGGUGAGGAGAACGAUGGUGGACAUUUAGACAAUACUGAAUCAACAGUAUUUCAUAUUACUGAUGAUAAUUCACCUGCGGAUCGGAAUGUGCCGGUGCCGAGGAUGACUCGAAAGCGAGCGGGCUCGUUCAAGAAUUUACGUAAACGUCUCUCUGGCGUACAACGGCGCAGCACCAUAGGUAUUGGUGAGAAGACUUCUGAUGAACCGGAGGAAAUACCUGUUGAGCCAAAGCAAACGGAGGAAGAUCUAAACAAGGAGAAGUUCUUAAAAACACCAAGAAAACGUGGACUUUUUUCAAAGCGUAAAGUAAAAGAGAAAGACAAGGCGAUGCGAAAGGGUUCUGAAACGAGUCAAAGCAACGAGAGGCCUGAUAACAAACUGAUAAAGAAACAUAGUAAUGAUCAAUUGUCACAAGCUCUAGAUUCUCCCCGAGGUGUUCGUCAGUUGAAAGGCGAUUCGAGUGUUGUUCUUGAAGGAAGCGACGGUUUGGAUGAAAUUGAUAAGUUUCUCACUGAUAAGAUUCAUGAAUUGAAUAAGGAAACCUUCGUCGAUAAAGUGUUCAAAAAAGCUGUCGAGGAGUUUCACUCCAGUCUCUUAUCGACUUAUUCUGUGAUGAUGAAGCAAAAUGAUACAUUAUCUAUCACCUCUGAAGAUUUAAGUCGAAGAUUCGAAAGCAUCUUAACCAACAUUAUUAAAGUGAAUAAGUUCCAUUCAGAGUUUCCUUUGAGGAUGGUAAUCAACGCUUUCGAAGGACUUCUUUGUGAAUUCAAAGAUUCAAGUUCUCAACAUGCUGCAAAAGUUCAUAAGAAUAAACGUAAGCCAAUUUCCAAGAACAAGAAGAAGAAACAUAAUUCAAUAAAAGAACACAAUGGACAUCGUUAUGCUUUAACGACAUUUAAUAUUCAUACAACUUGUGAACAUUGUGGCAACCAAAUAAGGCUUCUUGAGAAAGGCUUUGUAUGUAUAGACUGUAAAUUUACUGUUCAUAAACGAUGUUAUAAGAAGAGCACGAGACCCUGUCAAAACAAAUAUGAACGAACGAAAAGUAUAGCCAGUGGCUCUCUCUUCGGUAAAGAGCUCAAUUUCCUAGUUAGUGAUGAUAUUCAAAUUCCAGUCGUUGUAGUUAGACUUAUUAAUGAAGUAGAAAAUAAAGGUACAUUUCAAGAAGGUAUAUACCGGAAGUCGCCGAGUGCUGCCAAAGUAAGACAGUUGAAGAAUUGCUUCUCUGCUGUAGAAGACGUGAACGAAGUUGAUUUGAGUGUUUACGCAAUUCACGUUGUUGCUGCCGUGUUGAAGAUGUUCUUUCGUACUCUGUCCAGUCCUCUCAUCACCCCUGAAGUAUACGAGGAAUUUCUGCGAGCUUGUGAUUUAAGCGACCACGAGUCUCGUUUAAAGCGGUUUUUAACACUUGUGGAUACUUUACCGAAACCAAACCAAGAUACUUUAGAACGAUUGGUAGUUCAUUUAGCAAGUAUUGCUAAGUACGAAAGCUCUAAUCUGAUGUCGCCCAGUGGAUUGUCCGUGAUUUGGGCGCCAUGUUUGAUGCGCCCGCGAGAAGGAGGCAGCGCUCUAGAUGGUUUAUACGAUAUUAGAAAGCAGUCUCUGAUUGUGGAAACGUUAAUUAUUGGACAAAUGUCGAAGAUAGACGCGACUUUCGCGGACAUUACAAAAAUCGAUCAAUCUUUGAAAAAUAUCACAUCCAAACUGAAACGCCUUGGGAGCGAUAAGGGCAAUGAAGAGGAAGCUGCCGCUGGCGAAGAGCAACAGAAAAAGAGCCUUACAGAUCAGAUUGAAAAACUUGAAAACCAGAAAGCAUUGCUCAAGGCCAAUCUGUCCACGUUGACGCCCCAUUCCAGUCUAGUAUUUGAAGAGGAUAACACGACGGAUAGCGAGAAUGGUACUUCCGAUGAAAUCGACGGCGAAAAGAAAGACACAGAAGAGAUUUCUCUUUCCGAAGUUUUUCUUGAAUCAGGUACAUCGGAACAGGUGUCAAGUCCCCCGGUUGGCGACAAGAAAGAGACCACGAAGAGACGGGCCAGCAGUCUAACAAAGCGUUACAUGAAUUCUGACUCAGAGGACUCGCCUGAUUCCGUCACGUGAGUCGGUUCAGCCAAUGAAGAAAGGGCAUGCAGGCGCCCUCACAAGUCGGUUGAAGCAGGCUCUUUGAAACUUGUGCUGGUAUAGUGCACUGCGCAUGCCUGUGGUGUGAACUGGUGCGAAUGUCGUCUCCGUUUAUACUUCAAGAAAUGAGGGAAUUUUUCGACAUUUCUUCUGAAAAACCGCUCAAAUCCUGGAAAUUUUUCAUGCACAAAUUCACGUAACGGUUUGAACUCACGAAUCUUUCUUUGUACGGCGGAAUAAAAACGAAAUGAAACAUUGUAAUUUCGAGUUGAUUUCCUAAUUGAAGUGGAGAUAAUUUGAUAAUUUAGUCGUUUUUAAUAAUUGGCCAUCAAAUCAUCACUCUUUGUUGCCGAACAUUUUUGAAAUUUUCACUUUGAAGCUACAAUUGUGAUACAUCAGUGUGUACAAUAAGGACAGUACCAUGCUCUGAUUGAUAAUAUAAAUUUCUUUCGUGUACGAUAUGAUGAAAUAAAUAAGGAUAUAUGUAUAUGUUAGUAGACAUAUACGUAUUGACAUAAAUUGUAAGAUAAUGAAACUUAGCUUGUGCGUAAUUUUGGCGUGCAAUCAAUUAUUUGAUCAAUAAAGAAAACAAAAUGUUACUUAA